CACUCGCUGAGGUAUUUCGACACCAUCGUGUCCCGGCCCGGCCGCAGGGAGCCCCGCUUCGUCUCCGUCGGCUACGUGGACGACACGCAGUUCGUGGGGUUCGACAGCGACGCCCCAAAUCCGAGGGCGGAGCCUCGGGCGCCUUGGAUGCAGCAGCCAUGGCUGGAGCGGGAGGACCCGGGGUAUUGGAACCGGAGCACACGAAACAGCAAGGGCAUCGCACAGACUUUCCGAGGGAACCUGCAGACCGCCCUGGGCUACUACAACCAGAGCGAGGACGGGUCUCACACCCUCCAGUUGCUGUUUGGCUGUGACAUGGGACCAGACGGCCGCCUCCUCCGCGGGUACCACCAGUACGCUUACGAUGGCACCGACUACAUCGCCCUGAACCAGGACCUGAGCUCCUGGACCGCAGCCGACAUGGCUGCUCAGAUCACCCAGCGCAAGUGGGAGGAAAAUGGUGAGGCCGAGGAAAGGAGACACUACCUGCAGGAUGACUGCCUGGAGUUGCUCAGCAGAUACCUGACGAUGGGGAAGGAGACUCUGAAACGCACAGACCCUCCAAAGGCACACGUGACCCACCACCCCGUCUCUGAGCGUGAGGUCACCCUGAGGUGCUGGGCGCUGGGCUUCUACCCUGCAGACAUCAGCCUGACCUGGCAGCGUGAUGGGGAGGACCAGACCCAGCACAUGGAGCUGGUGGAGACCAGGCCUGCAGGGGACGGCACCUUCCAGAAGUGGGCGGCCGUGGGGGUGCCCCCUGGAGAGGAGCAGAAAUACACGUGCCAUGUGCAGCACGAGGGGCUGCCCGAGCCCCUGACCCUGAGAUGGGAGCUGCCUUCUCAGACCUUCAUCAUCAUCAUGGGCAUCGUUGGGGGCCUGGUUCUGCUGGGAGCUGUGGCUGGAGCUGUGAUGUGGGGGAGGAGGUGAUCAGGUGGGGAAGGUGUGGGGUCUGAGUGUCCCCCCCUCCCCCAGGCAGUGACAGCGCCCAGGGCUCUGAUGUGUCUCUCUAGGCUUCUAAAGCGUGAGGCAGCUGCCUUUUGGGGACUGAGUGAUGGAAGAUGUGUUCACGUUCCCACUUCCUCACUCAAGAACCUCUGAUGGGGGGCUGGCCCCGCCCUGCUCCCCACGCUUUCUGGUCCACCAGAGGCAGGGCUGGCCCUCACUAUUGCUGUCUUUUCUUCCCCGUAUUCUGAGCUGCAAGCUGUUCCUUCUGCAUUGAAAUGAGGUUGUGGAGGUGACUUUGUUCAUUGCUUGCCAUGAAGGGUUGGUGGGUAAAUUCAAGGAGAAGAUUCUAAAUUUUGAGGGGAAAUAAAUAUAAACACCAAGAACUUU